UGGGUGUAGCGAUUUUGUGAUAUAUUUUUUAAAAAGGAACGUAUUCUUCGUCUCGUUGUGUUUAUUGUGUAUAAAAAUGGAUCUAAAAUUGUGUAUUUUCGUAUUGCUCGCGUUUUUAUUCCCUGGAAAUGUUUUAGCAGAUAUAUAUAACUACUGGGAAUGUAAUUAUGAGUUAAUGCAUAAAGCACAAUUAUCAGCAACAUCAUCUUUACCCCACAGAGGACCAAAAAAUGCUAUUUUAUAUGUGAGUUCAUCGUAUUCAAGAAAUGCAUGGUCCGCUAGCAGAAGCGAUUUUGAACAGCGCCUGGUCAUAGACCUGGGUCAAAUAAUGAACGUUACCAGAAUUUGGACCCAGGGUAGACCCGGCAGCUCCGAAUAUGUUAUGGAAUAUACCAUCAGUUAUGGCACAGACAAUUUAGAUUAUGCUGAUUAUCGUGAUCCUGCUGGUAAUAUUAGGAUGUUUAAAGGGAAUUCUGAUGGAGAUACGAUAAAACGUAACGAAUUCGAAGUUCCAAUCAUUGCUCAAUGGAUAAGAAUAAAUCCCACGAGAUGGCGAGAUCGGAUUUCAAUGAGAGUUGAAUUAUAUGGUUGUGAUUAUGCAUCUGAAACCCUGCAUUUUAAUGGAACUUCUCUCCUAAAAAAAGAUCUUCUUCGAGAUCCAAUUUCAGCCUAUCGAGAAACGAUUAAGUUUAGAUUUAAAACUUCUUACGCGAAUGGAGUUGUUUUAUACAGUAAAGGAACUCAACAGGAUUACGUCGCUUUACAAUUAAAGGAUAACCGAAUGUUGCUUAACAUCGAUUUAGGAUCUGGAACGGUUACAAGUUUAUCUGUUGGGAGUUUAUUGGAUAAUAAUAUAUGGCAUGAUGUGGUUAUCUCAAGGAAUCGAAGAAAUAUUUUAUUUUCGGUCGAUCGGGUUGUCGUCGAAGGAAAAAUUGAGGGGGAAUACACAAAGUUGGAUUUAAAUAGAGCGUUGUACAUUGGAGGAGUUCCUUACACUCAAGAAGGAAUUGUUGUAGUUCAAAACUUUACCGGUUGCUUAGAAAACUUUUAUUUAAACUCAACCAAUUUAUUUUUGGAUGUUAAACAAGCAAUCGAAUAUGGGUAUUCUUUAAGAUACGAAAAAGUUAAUACCAACACAAUUUGCGCCGAUAGCCCAAUUAUCCCGUUAACGUUCACAACAUCAACAGCCUUUUUAACUUAUCCGGGUUAUGUUGGUAUUGAAUCUCUCCAAGUUUCGUUUCAAUUCAGAACGUAUGAAAAAACCGGAUUAAUGCUUUAUCACCAAUUUAACGAAGACGAUUCUUAUAUUGCUUAUAUCGCACUGUAUAUUGAAUUUGGAAAAAUAAAAGUUGACAUAACCUCGAAUCAAUUUCCAAAAUUAAUUCUUGACAACUACGAAAGUACUUACAACGAUGGUUUAUGGCAUAGCGUUGAGCUGAAAAUAACCUUAAACAAAAUUGAUUUAACCGUUGAUGAGGUCUUAAUGACGACAACGCGUCUUUUCAAAUUACGUACUGGAGCUUUGUAUAAAAUAGGUGGUGGAGUUGAAAACAAUAUUGGUUUGGAUACGGACAAAAAAAUAAUAGGUUUUAUCGGUUGUAUGCGGGAAAUUACCAUCGAUGGAAACAUCGUUCAAUACACCAAUCAAACUACUAAAGGUUGCGCUUCUUGCGAAUUAGAAAUUAUCCAAGGAACUUGCCGAAUGGACGAUCGUUGUAAUCCAAAUCCAUGUGAACAUGGUGGAACUUGUUCCCAAAAUUCGGAAACUUUUGAAUGUCAUUGCCCCAAUGGUUAUGGAGGAGCCGUUUGUCACAUCUCAUUAAUGCCACUUUCUUGUAUAGCCUAUAAAAAUUUACACAACGUCGGCCAAAAACAAGAAAUUCAAAUCGAUAUUGACGGAAGUGGUCCUUUAGAUCCUUUCCCAGUAAGUUGCGAAUUUUAUUCCGACGGCCGAAUUGGAACGGUUUUACAACACAACAACCAACAAACAACCGCCGUCGAUGGUUUUCAAGAACCCGGAAGUUUUAAACAAGACAUUCAUUACGAAGCUAACGACGAUCAAAUCGAAGCUUUCGUAAAUCGAUCAAAAACUUGCAAACAAAAGAUUCAAUACGAUUGUAAAUCUUCAAGAUUAUUUAAUUCCCCAUCGGAUGAGAAUAGUUACCAGCCGUUUUCGUGGUGGAUCUCGAGGAACAAUCAAAAAAUGGAUUAUUGGGGUGGCGCACUCCCAGGAUCCAGAAAAUGUCAAUGCGGAAUCAUGGGAAACUGUAUCGAUCCUAAUAAAUGGUGUAAUUGCGAUGUAGGCGAACCAUAUUGGAACCAAGACGUUGGGGAUUUAACCGAAAAAGAACACCUCCCAGUUCGACAAUUAAGAUUUGGCGACACCGGUAAUGCAUUGGAUGAAAAAGAAGGUCGUUAUACAUUAGGACCGUUAAUUUGUGAAGGUGACGACACCUUCGAUAACGUUAUAACCUUUCGAGUAUCAGAUGCAACAAUCGUUUUACCACCGUUCGAUAUGAGUCAUAGUGGUGAUAUUUACUUUGAGUUUAAAACGACGGUUUUAAACGCGGUUAUCUUCGAAAGUAAAGGCCCGGCAGAUUUUAUUCGUUUAAGUAUUUCGGGUGGAAAUCAAUUGCAAUUUCAAUACUCAGCUGGAGGUGGUGUUCAAACAGUUCCAAACGAGGCCUCGUUUUUAGCUGAUAACAAUUGGCAUUCAGUUUCAAUAGAAAGAAAUCGAAAAGCGGCGAGUGUUGUUAUUGAUGGGCGUGUUAAAGUUGAAGUUCCAGAACCUAAAGGACCCGUUAGAGCUUUACAUUUACCUGGAAAGUUUGUUUUGGGCGCGACGAGUGAUUAUCGGGAUGGUUUUACUGGGUGUAUUAGGGCUUUUCAAUUAAAUGGAAAGUUAAUUGAUUUGAAAUCGUACGCGAAAAAAGGUUUAUAUGGAGUUACUGAAGGUUGUAUUGGAAAAUGUUUAAGUAAUCCUUGUCUUAAUAAUGGAACAUGUCAUGAAAAAUACGAUAGUUAUUCUUGCGAUUGUCGUUUUAGUGCAUUUAAAGGUCCUAUUUGUGCUGAUGAAAUCGGAGUUAAUAUGAGACAAUCGUCGAUGAUUAAAUACACAUUCCCAGGAUCUUUCAGAUCAACAAUUCGAGAACGAAUUCGAGUCGGUUUUACAACAACACAUCCAAAAGGAUUUUUACUCGGAUUUUCGUCGAGCAAAUCCAAAGAGUAUUUAACAAUCAUGAUUUCAAAUUCGGGCCAUUUAAGGGUUGUUUUCGAUUUUGGCUUUGAGAGGCGUGAAAUUAUUUAUCAAGAAAAAACUUUUAUGUUCGGACAAUUCCACGAUUUGAGGUUGUCGAGGAAGAAUGGGGGAGCUACUGUUGUUAUUCAAAUGGAUGAUUAUGAGCCUAAAGAAUAUACUUUUGACAUUAAAGAAUCGGCGGAUGCCCAAUUUAAUAAUAUUGAGUAUAUGUAUAUUGGGAAGAAUGAAUCUAUGAGUGAAGGGUUUAUUGGGUGUAUUUCGCGGGUGGAGUUUGACGAUAUUUAUCCUUUAAAGUGGUUGUUCCAACAAGAUAAACCGGCGGCUGUUCAAUCGGUUGGAACUUCAACUGAAGAUUUUUGCGGUGUGGAGCCGAUUACGCAUCCACCUGAUUUAGUGGAACUUCGUCCCCCACCUGAUAUAGACGAAAGUAAAUUGCGUCAAGCGUACCGACAAACAGAUUCGGCGAUAUUGGGGAGUGUAUUAGCUGUACUUUUCCUGGCAUUGGUGAUUGUGGCUUUAUUGAUUGGAAGAUACAUGCAUAGACAUAAAGGGGCUUAUUUAACGCAGGAAGAUGUUGGGGCUGAUAACGCCGACGAUCCUGAUACAGCUGUGGUUAUGGGGGCAACUGGACAUCAUGUUGAAAAGAAGAAAGAAUAUUAUAUCUAAAAGUAGUACAAUUAAAAUAUGAUUUGGAUGUAAAUAUUUUGAUUUCUCUUAAUUUUUUUAAGUCUGAAGUGAGUCAUUCUUGUAUUUUGUAAGAAAACUGAUUAAUCUACUUAUAUUUUAAAUAGUUAUUCUCUAAUAUUUAAAAAAAUAACCUUUUUUUCCGUCCAUUUUUAUGAUUUCGUUCAUUUAUUCGAUUUUUUAAUAUAUAUUUUUUAAAUAAUUUUUUCUUUCAAGUUUUGUAAGUACACAUAGUUUUUAAGCACUAAUUAGAACUUAGAAAACACGAGUUAUUACAACUUACAUUAAAUAACAAACUGAUUAUUGGGUUUUUUGUAUUUAUUGACCUAAAAGAAAUAAAGGAGAAAUUUUGAAUAAAUAAAUAGUCGAGAAUAAAAUAAACAUAAAUAUACCGCUUAUAAAUUGAAAAUGUUAAAAAAACGUUCUUCCAUUUCUCAGAUCCGAAGUUGAAAAGUGCCUUUGGAUGGCAAAACAUGAUUAAGUUGAAAUAAAACAUUUUUUGUGUAAAAAAAAGUUUAAAUUAAGGAAGAUUUGACAAAAAUGUAAUUACUGUACGAGGGCGUUAAUGUAAUUUAACUUUUUUACCAAUAAACAAAAUAAAAUUAAGUAA